ACACAUUUAUAUUUCAUGUAGACAUACUGUAUGCAUCAUAUGCAGAUUAAAUUGACACCUAAUAAUAUGCAAUAUGCCAAAUCUAGUUUUGUAAUUUUGAGUUAGAUUAUUCAUCAGAUCACAAUAUGGAAGAGGAUAAUUGUAGUGGAAUAAUAAUAUCACAUUUAUCAUUUACCGUGUUGUGAAAUAGCAUUUGUCCUCUUGUCAAAUUCUUACUUUUUUCCCCUCUCGGUUACCCAGUCCCCACUUUAAGAAAAAGAUAAGAUCUGAGAUAACCCCCUUGAAAACGUGCCAACUAUUUCUGACGUUUUCCCCGUGUCAAUCCAAUUUUACUUUGGGCUUUUUCCCCACUCGCAUCUUCCCAGGCAAAUUCCGCUGUAACAGUCUUUAUAUAAUCCAAGAGUCAGAGAAACAGAUGGAUGGGGAUUCGCCCCCCCCCCCCAGCAGUAUGAAGAGAAAACGGGAGGGGCAGAGCGUGGAUGAAAACAUCUGAUGAGAUGCCAGUUUAGCGGAUGAGAGGAAACAUUUGGUGAUUGGAAAAGGAUUAUGGGAUUACUGACACAGCUCACUGGCUGCACCAAAGUCUGUCCCAUCAUCAGCAUUGUCCCAUCAUCAGCAUCGUCACCGUCGUCAUUUGCUCGCUUCGACUCUCUUGUUGUUGGAAUGUUUUCUGCAACCGGAUGGAGGACUUCAGCAGCAACGGUGAGUUGACUUUUGGGGAAGGGAAUACAAUUACGAGAAACUGAAUUGGAUUCUGAUGAAACCCUGCCACUUAUGUUUGGACCUUAAAAAAAAAAAAAACGUGAUAGGAUCAUGGAAAAUGUCUUCACAACAGUUUUUCGAGGAAAUUGUACCUUGCUGUUUGUUUACCACUGGAGUGGAUUUGUACCAAAGAUCCCUUCAAGCAAGCGAUGGAGAAAUGAAGCGUUGAGUCGGAUUCCGUCACAGUGCCGGGGACCCAUCAGAAAGGAAUCAAUUCAGCUCUUCCACUUUCAAUGAUGAUGAUGAAAUUAUACUCCGAUGACCAAAGCUGUGCCAAAAACGUGUGUGGGUUUAAAUGUCAAUAUGACUCUUUCUCAUUGCGAGGUCAUUUCUUGACCUCGCAAUGAUAAAAAUGCAGAUCCGUGUCCAAUAACGUUGUCCUCGCUCAGGUGCGGCAGUGCUGACUUGACGGCGGCUCCUCCGCUCCACCCCCUUCGACUCAUCCGCAAGUCGUCCUGCUCUCCGGUGAAGCAUGCGACUCCUCUUCACCGGCCUGCUGUCGCUCGCUCUCGCCUUGGGCUCGCCUUCCUUCUUUUUGCCCUCGGCGGCCAGCACGCGCUCGUGUCCCCGCCGUUGCCUUUGUUACGAGCACAGCGACUUGGUGGACUGCCGCGAGCGCGGGCUCUGGCACGUUCCCGGGGGUCUCCCGCACGGCACCUGGCUCCUGGAGCUGGGAGGAAACAACCUGACCGAAAUCCGAAGCGGAGACUUCGCCGGGCUGUGGUCCUUGCGGGUGCUGGUGCUGGCCAACAGCCAGAUAAGGGCCCUUCAAGCGCAGGCCUUCUUUUCCCUGUCAUACCUGGAGAAGCUGGAUCUCAGUGGGAACCGGCUCACGCAUCUCCCCGCUGACUUCUCGGUGAGCCUGUCUGCGCUCAGGGAGCUGCGACUGGAGCGCAACAACUUGCAUCAUCUGUCCACAUUCAGCUUUGAGUAUCUGGACAACGUGGAGAAAUUGGACCUGAGUCACAACCGUCUUGCGUCGGUGGGCCCGGGCGUGUUCAGGGGCCUCUCCAGACUCAGGCAGCUCGACUUGCACGGCAACAGACUCUCCGCCGUGCUCCGGGGAAGCCUCGACAUGCUGCCCGGACUGGAGGUGCUCCGGCUGAGCCGCAACAACAUUUCCGAGAUCGACACGGAGGCUCUGGCUCCCCUCUACAGCCUGGCCCUCCUCGCGCUGGAUGGCAACAACCUGCAUCAUCUCAAAUUCAAAGCCUUCCUCAGUCUGCACACGACAGCGACGCACAUCCGGCUCGCAGGGAACCCCUGGAGCUGCGACUGCGAGCUGCAGCGCGUCUUCAGCAAGAUCCUUCACGUUCGCCAUCUCCACAUCGACGACUACCGCGACGUGACCUGUCAGCGGCCGCCGCAGCUGGCCGGGGCUUCUCUGGCCCGGGUGGACGGCCGGCUGUGCGUCGCCGAGACCGCCACCGUCCUCGUCAUCACCGUCACCGUGCUGGUCACGGUGGCGGCGGCCGUCGUCAUGGCGGAACGCAACAGGAAGAGGAACCGCGGCGAGAACUGGGACACCGAAUCCCAAAACCACACCCACGGCCCCCCGUCCUGAGAGCGGGGUCACGCCCGAGCUGCGGCCCAUCCCGGCUCACUUCGGCGAGAGGCGCGCUACUCCCUGGACUGCCCCGGCCACGCCCCCAUCGACACCUCCAACUGUUUUUCCGACACCGUUUUCUCCCGUGGCAGUGCGGCCAGACGGAUGGCAGAACGAUAGAAAGGACUGCGUUGAUGAUUUUGAAAUGGCGUAUCGAGCGGCAGAGUCAUGUUUACAGUUCUGCAAA